ACCCUAAAUCUUUUGUAAAAUAUUUCAAACUCCUCUCUCUCUCUUUCAUUCCAUUUCAAAAUUACAACUCCUUCCACACACACACUUCCGUCAUUAAUGUCCGCCUGUCUUCUCUCUCUCUGUCACUUGUUCUCCGUGUUUUCUCUCUCUACAAGUGUAUCUAUUCACGUAGCGCUUUUUCUUUCCCUCUUUCUUUCUAGCCUACUCUCUCUCUAGAUUCUGCUCUGUUACUAUCAUAAUUCCUUCCUUCUUCGGUUGCCAUUCUGCGUGUAGGCGCACGUCCUUUCUCUCUCUAGAAUGUGUAACAGGAUCUGCUCCGAGAGGAUUUUCCUUCUCUUUCAACUGUUGGUGCUCAAAAUUAGCUGAGCAUUCAUUAGGUUGUAUGUGGCGAUGGGUAUCGAGGUGGUGUCGUGUUUUUUUUUGCGAUAAUUCCGAUCUGAUUUCUCUCUCUCUGUCUCUCAAACUUCAGCUUCUUUUUGGAAAAAGAGAAAGGUCUUCUUUAUUGUAAUUGAAAAUAAAAUUACUCUUCAUUUUCCUGUUCUUUUAUCUUUUGGCUGGUGCUGUCUUCUUAAUUUCAAAAUUUGAAAAAGAAAAUGGAGAGAGCUCGACAUAGGAAAACCAAAAGUGCUUCCGGCAUUGAAGGUAUACGGCCAAUUCAGAAGCAGAAAACUGUUCCAAGAUUGUCGUCGGAUUCUCAUUCUUAUAUUGAUGGGAGCAACAGGGAUAGCAUGUUCAUGCUUGAUCUGGGGCAGAGCACCUUAGGAAGAGCAACAGGGAUCCCAAUGAAGAAGUUACUGGCAGAAGAGAUGUCGAAAGAUGUUGAAUCCAAGAGAAGAUCACCAAGCGUUAUUGCCAGAUUAAUGGGUCUUGAAGGGCUGCCAUCCCCUCGGCAUGUUCAUAGACAACAAAAGAAGUUCCCGGAGAACUACCAACAGAAAGGCGUUUCAAUUAAUAAUCAAAGAAGUAGCCAACAAUAUGAUAGCGGAUUGAAGCGGAGAAGCCCAAUAGACCAGCAAGAAUUCAAGGAUGUCUAUGAGGAUUUAGAAGCAUCACAUGUUGUCAAUCGCCGGUGUUCUUCAAGAUGGAGUGCAAACUCAAUUCUUACAAAACCUGAGAUGGAACUGAUUCAGCAGAAAUUUAUGGAUGCAAAGCGUCUUUCCACUGAUGAAAAAUUUCAAGGUUCCAAAGAGCUCAACGACACUCUAGAGAUGCUGGACUCCAACAAGGACUUACUGCUGAAGUUUCUUGGUCAAUCAGAUUCCUUGUUUGUGAAGCAUUUGCAUGAUCUACAAGUUGAUCCUGGCAAUUCUCUUGGCAGUCACAUAGCAGUUUUGAAGCCAUCUAAUUCUGAGAAGUUCGAAAGCAAAGCCAAAGCAUGGAGAUCAGAGAGAGAUACUUCUAAUAAGCCUCAAGUUACUUCUCACCUGAAACGUGAAGAUGGUCUUCUGCUUGAACCACACAGUCGCCACAGAGUUCGCAAUUCAUCAAGGAUUCAAGUGGAAGAGAGGAAAGAUGAACAUAUUAUUCCUACCAGGAUUGUUGUUUUGAAGCCAAACCUUGGGAAAAUUCAGAAUGCUGGCACAUCUUUAUCAUCACCAGAUCUUUCACACAAUUAUCAACCUGGCUUCAAGAAAAUCAAGGAAUAUACAAAUGUUGGUAGUGCUGCAACAGUGUUACGAAGAAGGAAAGACUCAUCUCAUAAUGCAGGAUUAUCAAAGUCCAUGUCAAAAGAAGCUAGAGAAAUAGCCAGGGAAAUUACGAUGAGAAUGAGAGAUGGCUGUGAUGAGACCACAGAUGCAAAAUCUACUGCAUACAGAGGAUAUGUGGGAGAUGAGAGCUCAUACGAUGCUAAUGAAAGUGAUUCUGAUAGUGAGUCUGAGGUGUUCAGAUUAUCUGCUAGAAGGUCCUUCGACGAUAGUAGCAUGUGCAGAUAUCCAUCUUCUCAUUUAGGCGAAUCGCCUGUAAAUACGGAAGCAAAGAAGCGACUAUCUGAGAGAUGGAAGAUGACUCACAAAUAUCAGGAUUUGGAAAUGAUUAAUAGGGGCAGCACAUUAGGAGAAAUGCUUGCCUUGCCCAAUAAGGAAACUAGGCCCUGCCAGUCAAAUGUUAAGAUGAGUCCUGGCCGACCAAAUAAAGAACUUGGUAGUAAUGGAACUGCUAUUUUGGAUGUUCCUUUAGGUAUCAGCAGUAGGGAUGGAUGGAAGGAUGAAAUACGCAGAAACUCCUCUAGGUCGAGGUCGCUUCCUCCACCCACUGGUGGGAGAGGAAGAAGCCACAGAAGAAACCCCAAUCAUAAUAAGUUGGCUGAAGACAAAAGCAUGAUGCGUAGUGAUUCUGUACAUCGUUGUAGAAGUAAGGUUGCAAAGGGAAAUCUAAGUCACAGAGAAAAUUAUUUAGCUAAAGAUUCAAAGUCCAGGAGCAAGACGUCUCAUCCCUGUCAACACAUAUUUGCUAAUGAGAUAGACUCUUCGUCGGGAGCCAAUUUUGAGAUUCAGAUGGAACCAAACACCAAGGACUUAUCUGAACAGCAGCCCAUUUUUCCAAUGGCUGAAAAGGCUGACAAUUGUGAAGUCACUGUGGUUGAUGUAAUGAUGAUUUCAGAUCCUGGAAGCACAAAUAUGUCUUCAAAAUCUUCCGAGAUUCUUCCAGAGCAGUCACAUUCAACCAUAGCAAGUGACAAAGUUGGUGAUCAUAACCAAGAGGGUUUUAGUCUCCAGGAGCUGUACAAGGAAUCGCCUAAUCAAGGAUCUCCUCACUUGCAGAGCCUUAGAGCUGAGCCAGAAUCUUCUGAAAGCUCCAAGGAAGCCGACCAUCCUAGUCCAAUUUCAGUCCUUCCUAGUCCAAUUUCAGUCCUUGAUGUUCCUUGUAGCGAAGAUACGCCAUCUUCUGAAAGUUUUGAGAGAGUCAGUGCUGAACUUCAUGAACUGCGAAUGCAACUGAAACUCCUCAAGUUGGAGUCAGGCACAUAUGCUGAGACAUCGGCACUUGUUCCCAUCGAGGAAGAAGAAGCGCAACUAUCUCCGGUACUUUCUGAAGGAGACCAUGUCUUAGCAGCUGACAACUGGAGGACUUGUUAUGCUCUUGAUGUGCUGAUCGAGUCUGGUCUUGAGGAAUCCUACUUUCACAUGUUGAGGACAUCGUGGCACUCCUCAAAUAGACCGUUGGACCCCAAGUUGUUCGACAAGUUGGAGAAGAAAUACAAUGAUGAGACAAGCGGAUUGAGGUCGGAAAGAAGGUUGCUCUUCGACAAAAUAAAUGCAGCAGUGGUGGAGAUUUUCCAGCAGCGCGUGAAUGUGUGCCCCUGGGUGAUGCCAAAAGUGUUGGGGUCGAAUCUGCAAUGGCAGGGGGUUCAAGAUGAUCUUGAGAGAUUGAUCAACCAAGACUACGGCAGCGGUGAUGGAGAACUAGAUAGAGAGAUGCUGUGGUCAGAAUCUAGAGCAGAAAUCGAGGUAUUAGGUAAUGAAAUCGAGGGAUUGUUGAUAGAUGAGAUGAUAAUUGAGGUUAUAUGUAACUAAUGCGUAGCUUUUCAACUGAACUGGAGUAGGAUAGUUGGUAACAUAGGUAGAUGAAAAGCUUGGGGGUACAAGAAUUGAGAAUAAAUCUCAAAUUUAAUCUGAAGUUACAAGUGAUUAAGCAA